GAGAAUGGAGAGCGUGGCGGAGCGACGGGGUAAUGGGGAAAGUGAGAGACUAGGAGAAAGUUUGGGAGGAAGGGGAGUGGGCUGGGAAGACAGGACCGUGGAGGUGGGGGCUUUCCCUUUCCCCGUGGAAAGGAAGAGAGAGCAGAGUUAAGCAGCAUCAGUUGCAACCAAUUCUAAUUGCCAGGCCUUUAGCUUUUCAGAGGGUGGGAAGGGCAGAAGGGGCUGGUUUGGAGAAUUGGGGAAUUUGGAGAACGGAUGAGGGUUCCACUGGAUUUGCUUUCCUGAGCUCCCUGGCUUACGGCUCCCUUGCUUUUCCUGGUUAGGGCAAGAAAGGAGAACGGGGAAGCCGGUGUCACCGCCACUGAUGUGGAAGGAAUAAAGGACUUUUCUAGUUUCUAGCAAUUAGCAGUGUUAAGAAUGGGGAAACAGCCAUGCUGGUUUGGAGCCCUGCAUGCCAGGGUGGAGGCUCUGGAAGUCUGAGAAAGGGAACAGAAAACAGGAUGGCAUCUAAGGCAGCCUGAAUAAUUAAAUGAUUGCUUUAGUUUCCAUACUUUCUCUCUGUCUCUGUCUCUCCCUCCCUCUCCCUCUUCUAUUUAAGUGCUAAGCACUAAGGGUCAGCGUUCACAUAUAGAAAACGUCCCCUGGUGAAAUGUAGAUGUGUCAGUGAAUGCGGUCUCAGUGGUUAUUUUGUUUUCCCUGUGUGCUCAGGGAAAGGCUAGUUCUGGUCUGAUAAGCGAAGUGAUAGAAAGUGACUUCUUUGGCUGUAACCACUUCCCUGCUCCCAGUUCUCCCUGAAGUUGAAAGGCAGUGUUAAAAUGUAACAAAAUGUAACUAAAAAGCUGGGUGUCCUGAAGAUUGAGGAGUCAGGUGAGAAGGUAUGGGAGGACGGCUGGCUUUCCCACAAGUUGUUGAACGAAUCUGGGACCUUUCUUGCCAUGAGCCACUGAGGCUGGAAAUUCUUGGAGUUAGUAUUGUUCUGUGACUUGGUUAGGAGAGAGUUAGGGAGGCCUGGGGACUUGGUUGGGAGUGAGUUCUCCCAUUUAGCUCGCAUUAGAUCAUUUUACUCGAAAUGGCUUUAGGUGUGUCUGUGUAUUUUUGUAACUGAGACUGACUAACUCUUUGGGCCUUUGAUGUUCCAAAAUCACACUAGAAAAUUGACUCUUUCCCCCUCCCUAUUUGUUUUUGUUUUGCUGCUGGCUUCGAACCUGGUGCUAGGAAGAGACGUGGGAAAUUAAGUUUCUUGCAAAGCGGAGCGGGGCUCGCGGCCGCCCAGCGAGGCCUGCGGACGGUGCCGCGCACCUGAGCCCCGGGCAUGGCGGGGCGCAAGCGGCGGGCCGGCCACGCGUGGCCCGAGGAGCGUGGCGCACAGGAGCACGGACUCUACAGCCUGCACCGCAUGUUCGACAUCGUGGGCGCCCACCUGACACACCGGGACGUGCGGGUCCUUUCUUUCCUCUUUGUCGAUGUCAUCGACGACCACGAGCGCGGCCUCAUUCGAAACGGACGCGACUUCUUACUGGCGUUGGAGCGCCAGGGCCGCUGCGAUGAGAGUAACUUCCGCCAGGUGCUGCAGCUGCUGCGGAUCAUCACCCGCCACGACCUGCUGCCCUACGUCACCCUCAAGAGGAGGCGGGCUGUGUGCCCCGACCUCGUAGACAAGUAUCUGGAGGAGACGUCCAUUCGCUAUGUGACCCCCAGAGCCCUCAGCGAUCCAGAGCCGAGGCCUCCCCAGUCCCCUAAAACAGUGCCUCCCCACUACCCUGUGGUGUGCUGCCCCAGCGCGGGCCCUCAGAUGUGUAGCAAGCGGCCAGCUCGAGGGAGAGCCACGCUCGGGAGCCAGCGAAAACGCCGGAAGUCAGUAACACCGGAUCCCAAGGAAAAGCAGACCUGUGACAUCAGGCUGCGGGUUCGGGCCGAAUACUGCCAGCACGAGACCGCGCUGCAAGGCAACGUCUUCUCCAACAAGCAGGACCCGCUGGAGCGGCAGUUCGAGCGCUUUAACCAGGCCAACACCAUCCUCAAGUCCCGGGACCUGGGCUCCAUCAUCUGUGACAUCAAGUUCUCCGAGCUCACCUACCUCGACGCGUUCUGGCGCGACUACAUCAACGGCUCGCUGCUAGAGGCGCUCAAAGGUGUCUUUAUCACAGACUCCCUCAAGCAGGCUGUGGGCCACGAGGCCAUCAAGCUGCUGGUGAACGUGGACGAGGAGGACUACGAGCUGGGCCGGCAGAAACUCCUGAGGAACUUGAUGCUGCAGGCGCUGCCCUGACCUGCCCCGCGCCCCCGGGGGCUGCUCCCACCGCCCGCCUCGGGGCUCCUGUACUGUUCUGGGGUUGUCCUCUGCCCUUCCGACCAAUCACACCCCUGCCUUUUUUUUUUUUUUAAAGGAAAAGACAAAGGAAAAUGGAAGUGGUGUUCCCUACCCCUCCCUGCACCCACGUGCCUGGGCUUCCCCUUUGUUUCCCUUUUCCACGCCCCGGUCCCCUCCUGAUGUGUCUGCAGCCACCUCGCCAUCGAGCCGUAAGACAGACGUAGAGGGAGAAGCAAAGCCUAUAGAACAUAGUCUUUGUAGGGGAUCGAAGUGAACGCCGCUUGCGGGGGCAUCGCGGGGGCAUCAGUGCUUCUGGCUUUCUGAGGGCUCGUAACUUUUGUCUGCAAAAACCAAAGGGCUGAGUGAGGGAGCUGUGUGGAAGGUGGGACUCUGAAGUGUAUUUUGGAAAUUAAUUGCCACCCUCUCCCAAAUUAUAGAAUUUUUAAAAAAUGAAAGAAGCUGUGGCCCUCUCCACUCUCUCCCGGCCUCUGGUGCUGCUCCUCUCUGCCUUGUGUCCUCCAUUCCACGGCUCGGACCCCCCGCCCUGUGUGGCUCCUUCCUCUCCCCUCCUUUUGGCAAAUCCUCCUCCAGGGAGUCGGAGAUGAGAGGACGAGGCCAGCCCGGUGCCCGCUUCCACGCAGGGCACAGGGUGGAUGGCAAAGGGGCUCUUGGUAACAGCACACUCCCCCUGAAAAGGGGAAGGGGGAGUGUGAGACUUCCCUUCCAUGUUCAAGUGAAAAUAAAUAAUGUACCCUGCAGCCCCUUCCCCUUUGCGUUCUUCUGGCUCGGGCGAAGGGCGUGCCAGGUGACAGCGAAGUCACCUGGUACCCGCUGCUCUCUGCUUUCUCCUCCCCCACUCUCUACCCCACUCGCACGCCCAAGCCUGGGAGCGUGGGGCUGGGACAUGCACUGAGUGUCGCACUUUGAUCGGGGCAGGGAGGCACGUUGAAGGAGCCAGGAGGCCAAGAACUGGAGCCCAGCCCAGUGGGCACACCACCUUCCCCCGCCGCUCAGCUCCCAAAGGAGAUGUCCAGACACAGACUUUCUGAUGAUUCUAUUUUUUUCAAUGCCAGUGCAUAACUUCAGUUUUCAUGAAAUAAACAGUGACUGUAGAAAAAUUCCACCUUUCUGAAA